GGGCAGCUCCCAGGCACAGUUAUGGGUGUGAUGGGUGCUAUGUCAGCAGUCUCUCAAAGGUGUUUCAGAACUGCUCACCUCUCUGUCUCACAGCUCCGUGCCAGGCUUGGGCCAGGAACCAUGAGGCUCUGUGUCUGCCUUGUGUUGCUCUGCUUUGUUUCGUGUGCAAGCACUAACGCACUGGUCCAAGGUGGACGAUUUGUCUGGGAUGCGCUGGGAGGGGCACGGGAUAUGUACCGAGCGUAUCGGGACAUGCGUGAGGCAAAUUUUAUAGGUGCCGACAAAUAUUUCCAUGCUCGUGGGAAUUAUGAUGCUGCCCGAAGAGGACCUGGCGGUGCUUGGGCAGCCAAAGUGAUCAGUGACGCCCGGGAAAAAUGGCAAAGCGACGUGAGCGGCAGAGGGGCAGAGGACACCCGAGCUGACCAAGAGGCCAACGCCUGGGGCCGGAACGGCGGGGACCCCAACCGCUACAGACCUGCGGGCCUUCCCCGCAGAUACUAACGCUGUCCGCCCGGCGGCCGCCUCUGCCUCCCUGUUACACCUCUUCCGUGCAGCCGAAUAAAGACAUUCU